UUUACCCACAUUACAAUUGCAUUCUAUAAGGGCUUGACAAUAAUAAGAUUCCACCACAAAUAACAUGUUCGGGAAACUUGUAUACGUACCAAAUGAUGAGAACUCGCUUCAGCGAAUGCUUCAUGUUUCUGUUGAGCUGUGUGCCCAUGGGAAUUCAAAGGGAAUGUCCAUUCUUUCCGUUACCUUUGACAGGACCAUCAGCCCUUUAACUUGACUGCCACAUCUGUCCAUGGCUUUGAUGGAAAAGUCGCCCACCAUGGACAUGGCCACCACAGGCACCUGAGCCUGCUCCAUUGUAUAGCUGUGACAAUGGUGUAACAACCCAGGAACAUGUGGACCAGUCUGUCUGAUCUUUGGAGCCCUGAUGCGUGACAAUUUGCAAUGCACCGGCCGUUUGAGAAUCUACCGACAUUUCCGAUGGCCAUCAUGCCCCUGGAUCCUUGACAUAAGUGCGACGCUUUGGGUAAACAAUGUAAAACUGUGUAUCAUUUUAAGACCAUAUGUGGGUAACAGCAGGUACCAAUGCAGGCACCCUGCCUAAAAAGUUUUGCUUCUCAAUUUUAUCCAUCUAGCUUCUUCACUGUCCAUCCUCAAUUUUAAGUUUUAGUUUUAUGUGCAUUUUUAAAUACACUGAUUAUAAUCAUUUUAGCCGAUUAAUCAAUUUAACUUCUACUUUGCUGUAUAUAUUUUGUAUCGCAUACCACACAGAGAGCCAAAUCACACACUUGCAGAUCUCAGAGUGAAAGGGGCACGGAAGAGUGCUGCAUCUCAUGAGCUGGGGAUGGGUGUUACGGUACCUUGCUCAAGGGCACCAUGUCAGUAACCAGGAAAUAAACUACCAUCUCUUUAGCAACUAAUAGCCUUUUUCUUUUUUUCCAAAGCCAGACUUGAAACACAACCUUCUAGUUCUAAAGCUUGAGUCCUAACAAAAGUGUUACAUUAACAAGUGCCUGCUAUCUGGCAUGUGGUGUACAUGACAACUAUUCACAUUUUAUUGAGAUGACAUAGGAUUAAUACCCAGUAUCCAUGCAGACAUUGCCCCCCCCCCCGCUUUGUUUCUGUUCCUCGGUCAUUACUUUAUUUGACACUAUUGAAGGACACUGCAAUAUACAUUUUCUGAUUUUAUCAUCCUUUACCUAAUUAUCUGCAAAAUCAAAUAAAGUGGUCCUGGUCAUUGUAGGAGAUUGUCAAUCAUUUUCACCACUAGAGGUUGUUUCCCUUGGGGACUUCUCUUUCUCUAGUCAGGCUGCGCCAUUUUGUAGCGGAUCCAGCUCACAAAAUGGUGGUAGGCGACCGAUUAACCCUGUGAGGACUAGGGAGGCACUGGGGUGCAGAACAGGAGCAGACGCACCAACAGUGAUUCUGUCACUAACACAGCAACAUUGAAGUAUGGGAACCCACCAGGGGCUCACGUAAACCCCGAUGAGGACUUCACCCCGGGACAUAAAGGUUGUUGAUUCCACAUAGCAGAGUCAGAACACCAGGGAGGGAGGAUCGACUGCAGCAGCAAGGAACACCAGUGGAGGACCGGAAACAGUCUGUGAGACGAUUCGCGCCAUAGAGAGAAGAGGGGAGGGCUCUCCCCGACUCCCUUGCCCCUUGCUAUUGGUCCUACUGAGAACCACGCACACAUUUGCGGCACAUUGUGUGAAAAACCCGCAAAGGAAGAGAAAAUGGAGGAUGGUCGUGUUCUAGUUGAGAAACUACAGCCAAGGGGUGGCAAGUAGCCGAUUUCGUCUCACAGAGAACGACGUCCAGUUGACCUGACGACGACCCCCAACCCUUUCCUACGUACCCUACUGCUCUCCUCGAGUCAUUAUUGACAACAGCAAGGCUAUUUUCAAGGAAGAAGUCAGUCUUUGGAAGGGAAGUUGACACGAAAUAAAACGAGAGACAACUGCUGCGAGAAGUGAGGCAACGAAAAACUCGAGGAAGAGACGGGGCACUUGAACGAUCUCGUCAAUCCGUUACUGACGGACGCCUGUUUUGCUGAUGAAUGACUGGAAACUUUGGAAAACUGACGGACUGUGGGAUUUCGUCCAUCACUGGAAUCGUCACUAACUGGGAGAAAUAAUUCAUUCAUCUUCCAGACUGAAAGACCCACAAGCAUUUGGACACAUCAGGUAGAGGUGGGCAUUCCGCCAGAAGAGACUGACUCCCGUUUUGAUGACAAAUUAAGAGAAAAACUGUCGGACUAAGUGCGGACAGAAUAGGGUUUUCAUCUGUCAAUAACCCGAAUGUCUUUGAGAUGAAACGCUUUUUCGGAAAAGCCCUAGUCUUUCUACACUGAAGAAAAGGAAGAGUGCAUAUAUUCCCCGAUUCCUAGAAGACAAUGGCUCAUGAGUGGAAUUCUUAUUUUCAAACUGUCACACCACUGCCAAAGAUGUUGAGGACAUCGGAACCAGAAGGAAGUCUUACCCAACAUAUCGAGACCUUUGUGGGAGAGGAUGAGUUCUCCAACCCCACAGCUUCACACACUGCCCCUGGAGCAGACUCUACAUUUGAUCCAAACUAUUACUCGACUUCUGGUCUUGGAAAUUCCACUUCUGAUUGUGCUUACGAAAACUACUUUGGAGAAACACCUUGGCAAACGGAUGAACAACUCAUGCUCAAGGAUACUUCAUUGAGAACUGAAGACGAUGGUCAUGAUAUUAAAGACGUGGCCAUGAAUGGAUUGCCUUCAUCAGGACCGUUGCCUCUAUCUUAUUCAGCAGAGUUGCAAGCACUUCAACCAAAUUGUGAACUUUUAGCUUCAUCGCUUCUUGAAGAUUAUUCAGACGUCAGUAGUUGCUCGGACACAGAUGUAAAUGAAACAAGGCCUUCUUGUAAAUUUAUUGCUCGUCCAACUCGACAGCCUGAAACUGAUUCAUCUUCAAAACGAAGUCCAUCAGAAUGGCUUUUCACACCCCCUGAAAAGCUAACAUUUUCAAGUGAGAUUAAAGCAAAUUGCCCAGGUUCACCAACAUUGAUGGCUGGAGAAAAUACAGCUGAAUCUCUACAAGGGACAAACAAUAGUUCAGUAAAAGAUGAUUGUAGCACACUACAAAAUCACCCCCCCCCAGGAAUUCCAACCGAAGAGGGAGAGUCCGUUAAGGACUGCAGUGGCAAAGGGGGAGAUCCAAGUCAAGAACAAAAUAAAAAUGUGGAGCACAAUCAAAUUGAAGGACACUAUUCAGACAUCUCUGUAAGUGACAGUGAAAACAUGACCAGCACAGAGAUUUACCCAGAUCAUAUGAAGGAUCAAAGGACUGUUACACCUGAAUGUACAAAAACAUCAAUUCCAAAGAUGAAAGAUGACAGUGCAGUCCAGCACAAUCAAAUUGAAGGAUACUACUCAGACAUCUCUGUAAGUGACAGUGAAAACAUGACCAGCAUAGAGAUUCACCCAGAUCAUCUGAAGGAGCAAAGGACUGUUACACCUGAAUGUACAAAAACAUCAAUUCCAAAGAUGAAAGAUGACAGUGCAGUCCAGCACAAUCAAAUUGAAGGAUACUACUCAGACAUCUCUGUAAGUGACAGUGAAAACAUGACCAGCAUAGAGAAUCACCCAGAUCAUCUGAAAGAGCAAAGGACUGUAACACCGGAAUGUACAAAAACAUCAAUUGCAAAGAUGAACGAUGACAGUGCACUGGAGAAAGGAACUGAGGAAACAAAUAAAUCAUGCCCUCUGGAGAAUGAAGUCAAUGACAACCCUAAUGCCUUUGGACAGCCAAAAGUAAAUAUGGCAUUGGAUCAAGAGGAUUGCAGUCCUUUCCAUCAAAGUCAAGAAAACAAAUUAGAUUCUUUGGGUCAGGAAAAUAUUACUCCACCAAAGCAGACGAAUAUUGAAUUCUCCAGUGUUCAUGAUGAAAGCAUGGAUAUAGACAACCCGCUAUCAAAUACGGAGAUCAAAUGUCAAGACAGUGAAAUGAAGCCUGUCACCCCUCAAACCGUUGAUUCGCCAGAGUCCAAUUCUAAUAAUGCCACUUGUGAACUGAUGGAAUGCACAAAUAUGCCGGAGACCAAACACCAAGACAUUGGUUCCUGUUUGCAGUUUUCAAAAAAUCAGCCUCUUCUGGACAAUAUUUGGAACGCUGUUCCAGUGAGUGAUGCCAGUGGCAAGCAGAGGUCAUGCAGUAAUUCAGAUUCCUCUCUAAAUCCAAAUACCCUAAGAACAGACACUGAUUUGGUAAGCGAUAAUAUUUGGAAUAGAAAUAACAAUCCAUGUGUUGAUAUGAUGUCACACUUUCUCCAACAAACCUGCUCAAGUAUCGACACAAAUAUUUCUGUCAAAGGGGAAGUCAUGUGUUUCCAGGAGGAGAAUCAAACAUCCUGUAUAGAUUCAGACGCUACCGGUGUGGUUAGUGAUGCUACUAUUUUGGAUGAGCAUGUUGAGACCAAGAACAGCUUUUCUAAUUAUAUAAAACCCUCUUCACAGCACAGCAACUUGAGCAAUGAGUGCUAUUCCAACAAGGAUAAGGAUUUUGGAGAGAGCAUUCCUCCAUGUUCGAAAAAGUCACUUCAAAGUCCAGUGCCCCCAGAAGAAGAACAUGCCAAGGUGUUAUUGGAAGGGAUGGACACUUGCGAGGAAGAAAAAUUGAUGCUUGGUGACCGAUAUGGGGAACCUCCUGUGAAAAAACACUGCAGGGACCCUGACCCAAUUAACUUUGAAGAAAAGUGUACUGUCCAACCAAUCACCAAUGGCUUGGAUGAGUCAAAAGAACAAGGUAGUGCUCUGAUCUCCUCUUUCCAAAUGAGGAAACAACUACAGCCUGUUGUAAUUAUGAAUAAAAUGGAUCCUGCACCAGGUCAUUCGUACCAAUGUGCAGUUUGCCAACAAAUAACCCACAGUGCGGAUCAUCUAAUUGAACACCACCACCAUCAACAUUCAAACCAAAUCUUCCAAUUUUGCAAAACAUCAAAUCAAUACCUAAUGAGUAAUGGACAGGCUGACAAAGACAAGUAUGUGGGCAGCAAAACUGAAGAACCUCACCAUGUUUCUGUUUCUUCACAUAAAAAAAGAAAAUCCCAUCAUUGUACCAUUUGCAAUUUGACAUUCCUAAAAAUAAUCAAGUAUGUGCAGCACAUGCGUUGUCACACUGGUGAAACGCCUUAUAAGUGUGAUGGAUGCGGUUUAUAUUUUGCACAGACUGGCUCCUUAGCUAGACACAAGAGUAUCCCUGGUAGAUGCAAGAAUUCCAAACCACAAAAUCCCAUUGCAAAAUCGAGUGACCAUAAAGCUAUCAAGCUAGGUAUAUGGGAAACUACUACCCAACCAUCACUACCACAAAAAGUUGAUACUCAUGUGACGCUGCUCGAAACUCUGCCUCGAUGUUACAUUAAUUUGUUUGACAUCUGCACAGCUAAUGUAUGUAUCUAUUGUGGCAAGCAAUACUCAACGCCGAAGAAAGUCAAGAAGCAUAUUUACAACAUGCACACAGGAAAUUCUCCAGGUGUUUGGCAAAAUCCUACUUCCAUGAAAAUAGCUAAAAUAACAAACAAGGGGCCUUGGAAGAUGCAUUUUGAGAAAAAUGAAAAUAUUGAAAAUGAGAUAUUGCCUAAACAUAAAUGUCCGCUCUGUCCACGACUUUUCAGGCACGCAAUUAACAGAGCGAAACAUUUACGUGAUUGUGUCAGACGGGCUGUUUAUCAUAGCAAGGGGAAGGUUGGUGACAAAUUCAAAUGUCCAUUGUGUCAUUCUACAUUUACUCAGCAAAAAAAUAGAUACAGACACAUUUACAAUAGCUGCUUCAGAAAAACUCUUAAUCAAUUAAAAGAGGCAGUACAAUCAGAGCAAAGCGUUGAUAACAAGAAAGAGUUGACAAUGGCACAGGAACACGUGACCAUAAAAAACAACCAGAUGCAAUCCAAUUUGACAGUCCCUAAAACUAAACAGUCUCACAAAUGUGGUGUCUGUCCAGCAGUUUUCCAGCAAGUGUCAGGACUCUGCAAACAUGUGAAGAGACACGAGUUUAAAAUUACAGGCAAAAUGAUCAAGUAUAAGAUCAAGUCCAGCAACUCAAAGAUGGCACCUUUAGGAGAGACAAAGACUGAGGAGAUGGAGAACGAUGUUGAGAAAUCAGAUGAGAUCAAUGUCUCCCUGAGCUGUCAGUAUUGUGAAAAAAACUGUGACACGGAACAAUCAUUGAAGAAACACGAGCGGUGUCACAAAGGUGAAAGGCCAUACCGCUGUCUCAAAUGUGGAAGAGGGUUCAAGAAGAGAGUCUACCUUAUGAGUCACAAAGUUGUCCAUCAGAAUGUCCAGUGCACCCUUUGCAGGAAAAUUCUUCCAAAUGCCAGAAAUCUUGUCCACCAUGUGAAAUUGCAUCAUAAAGGGAAACCUUUUCCAUGCCCCAACUGUCAAAAGCAGUUUUUGAAUCCUACAGAGCUGCUUUAUCAUCUAAAAUCACAUCAAAGGGAAGGGAAGGCAUCUCCUUUGGACGGGGAAGCAUUGGAGUCCAUUAAAUCCGAACAAGAGCCAGUUCAACAAAAGACGCAACAGUGUUCCCUUUGUAAAGAAGUCUUUCAUGAUGCCGACUUACUAAGGAAACACAGUCUUACACACAUAUCUUCAUGUCACUGUCCAUAUUGCAAUCAGAAGUUCAAAGCCCGUCGUUAUUUGCUACUUCACAUCUCCAAACAUAAAGGAGUGAAACCUUAUUCCUGUACUUGGUGUGGAAAAAGUUUCUAUCAAAAACCAAACCUGGAAAAUCACAUGGAAUGGUGUGUGCCGACUCAAAACCAAGAGCAUUCUGGACCCAAAGUCCAUAAGUGUUCAUAUUGUCCCCGAACAUUUUUAAAAAGAAUGCGCCUGCUGGCUCACAACAACGGCCACAAGUUCAAUACUCUGCGAGUCUGUACCAAUUGUGGGAUGUACUUUGGUCCGAAUCAACUUGGUCAUCAUCAGAGCAUUUGUGGAGAGACGUCGCAACCCAACAAUAACAUAUCUUCUCAUGACGAUGCCUGUCAAAACAUUCUGCAGAAAAGCCAGACUAUUAGUAAAAGCCCUCCUACUUCCAGUGCACCAAGGAUGCUUCCAUUUAAGUGUCCUCACUGUACAGAGAGGUUCAGGUUCAGGUCAUUACUUUUAAAGCACACCGUUUUACACACUGCUGUACAUUGUGGUGAACGCUUUGCAUCCAGUGCAUCGCAGUUGCAGCAUGAAGAACGCUGUAAGGUUUCCAAGGAAGAGGAAUCAAACAUGAACAGUGAGGCUUCACUAGAAACGACAAACAUCCCGGCUUGUAUGGAGGAAGCGCAGAUAUUCCUCGAAAAAGCUGGAGAUGAAUACAAAUGCAAAUUCUGCACCAAGACAUUUGUGAAGCCACGAAGCCUGCGACGUCAUAUUUUGACUCAUAAUGAAGUGAAUCCCUACCGCUGCAAAACCUGUGGAAGCUGCUUUUCAAGGUAUGACUAUCUUAAGGUACACCAUUCUCAUUGCAAAGGAAAGCGAUUGCAGUUGAAAAUCUGCAUUCCCAAAAUCAGCUUGGAUGAUGUUGGCAAGGGCUGGCGAAACAGGUUUGCCAAUGAACCAGUGAAACGGCAGGAGGGAUUUGACUGCAAUGUUUGUUCCAAGAGCUUCCCAACUCAGUCUGGACUGUCCCGCCAUGUCACAAUAUUGCAUACUGUCAAAUUGUUCAGGUGCCCACAUUGUUAUUCAGGGUUUAAGCAUGAAAAAUCUCUGAUAUACCACAGGAAGUAUAAAAAAUGCACAAAAGUAUCCAGAAAUCAAGAUUCUACUCCACGACCGGAUUGUCUGCCAUCAGAAAAUGUUCGCCACCCACUCGGUGACGAAACCCCUCCGCCCAAGCUCAAGCGUCGUUCGAGCAAAAAGUACAAGUUUCCCUGCAGUUACUGCCCUUUUGCUUUUGAAAGGAGUGCACAGUUAGAGACACACACCCGUUUACACACAGGCGAGAAACCAUUUGCGUGCGAUUGUGGCCUGAGAUUCAUCAGGAAUGACUACUUAAAACGUCAUCGCCUAAAGUGCACCGUCAAACUUUGUAAAACAUGCGGUGUAGCGUUCCCAGAAAAAGAACUGAAAGAUCAUCAGACAACUUGUACUUCAAAAUCAUGCCAAUCAACAAAGUGGGAAGAACCUUCUCAAAGCCUUACAAAAGGAUUUUCGUGUGCAUACUGUUCUUUACGUUUUUCUUUAUUUUCACAGCUUCAGGAACAUUUUUUAAAUGCACACAAACUGGAAACGAGUGAUCCACCAGGGUCUGCCGCUCCUCUUCAACAUCAUCUUUCAAAACUACGAACCGCGAAAGAUGAUCGGCAUGACAAACACCCCAGCGAAGGAAACAAGAGUCCAUAAUGCUUGGGCUCCAGGGCAGUGGGCCUCCAUCCUCCAAAAUCUAUCGUUGCGUGGCGUGUUCGGCAACCUUCAGCGGACUGGCCGCUUUGCUCGUACACCAGGCGACGCAUGCCAACAUGCUCCCCAAGGUCAUUGCACCUCCCUCGACCCAGCCUGACAUGAGCCUGCAGGGCGCCUUGGCAGCCACCCUGAAGUCAUCCAAUCCACCAGCAUCGUCUGACGGCGCCUCGCCUUCGUUUUACAUCUGUGAUUGCGGAGAGGAAUUUCAAGACUUUUGUCUCAUGCUUGACCAUAAGCAAUCGCAUAAUUCUCCUUUAAAGUCACCCCCAACGACAAAUAGUAAUGCCGUCUCAAGUGAAACAGUGCCUGGUGCUGGUUCUCCUAAUCUGACGGCAGAGUCAACUGUGGCGGUGACAGAUUCGGUCCAGAGUUGCCCCACUACUUCAGGAUCGCCACCUGUUAAAAUAGAGCCCAAAGCCUGUGAAAGACUGGAAGAGAGCAAAGUGGUUCCAUCAACUCAUCUUGAACAAUGUCAACCCGCUCAAGAAAUUAAAGACGGGCAACUUGAUCAGACAUCUUCAAGUACUGAGCCAAUAUCACAGACUGUGAGGGAUUCACCGCCUGCUCAUAGUAGUGACGAUGAGGAACCAGUGGUUAAAAAUAACAAAUUAAUGAAAAUCAUUGCAACGGCCUACAUGAAGCACGUUUCCGCGUCGCCACCUCCAAACGACAGUCAUGAUUUGAUCACCCCCAAACAAGAGGCCAUCCCAGUUGAUAUAACGCCGGUCCAAGAAUCUGAAGAGCUACCGAUCAAUGAUCUCUCUGUAGCAAAGUACAGACGACUACUCGCAAAGACCAGCGUAAAGACAAAAGCUCCCACCAUUAGCCGAAUUAUUGACUCCAGCACGAAGAAGAUAGUUUCUCUGACUAAAAUGCUCUCGCCCGUCGUGGUUCUUGAAACUCGUCAGAAACUCCGAGAUUCUAGCAGCAAUGCCCUUUUUGGGAAAUAUCAAUGCGGCCGCUGUCGUCGGACCUUUGCGAACGCCGACAGACUCACUGAGCAUCACUUCUUGCACAAAAAGGAGCGAAUUAAGUGUUGCCGUCGCUGCAAACAACUCAUCAUUGGCAAGCUGCCUUUCACUGACAAUCAUGUCUGUGUUUCAUCAGUGAAAAAGCCUGCACAAGAGCCCAGUACAUCGCCGCUAGUCCCCAGAAUUGUGCCGUUCCAUAAUAUGAAAAAAUCGUUCUUUUGUCCUGUAUGCAAGCACAACUACGCCCGCAGGUACAACCUAAAGAAGCACAAGUGUCACGGCCCAAGGGCAGCACUGUCCCAGACGCAUCCCUCCGCUGACAGACUGCAAGCAUUAAGAUCAAGUAAUAAAGCCUCAGCAUUCAGGGAUGGUCAAGGUGAGCGUGGAACGAGCAGCGUUUCCGUUUGCACGGAAGCCCCUCGGGUCAAAGUCGAGGUGACCUCGACUACUUCGGAGCAGUCUGAGAUUUCAGAUUGGUCUGGUUUUACCAAAGGCUUCCCGCCAUUUUUGUCUCCUCCGAUGGACCAGCAUAAGGAUGCCUCUGCAAGUGUGAUGGAAAACAGUAGCUCGGAUGCCUUGCCGAAGCAUAACGAGAGCAGCAAUGACGGCCAGUGGACAAUGCCCUUGGAUGAUGAAAUGGAGCUGCUUGGUUCUUCUCGGAAUGCUGGUAAUGAAGAUGAGAUGGAGCUGGAGUCGGAGAUUGCGAACCUGAGAUAUUUUGUCAGAGAUGGUGUGAAACGUUACCCCUGUCCCAGGUGCCAGAAAACAUACAGUCGUCCCUCUACCCUGGCCCGCCAUUUACGACUGUGUGGGUUCAGGCCUCGGGGGGCCGCGCCCGUAUCGCACAGUGCGAAUUAUGGCGGCGGAGUCCAAAAUAGCAUCACAAAACAAAUGUUUCCUUGCUCUGUCUGCGGCAGAAACUUCAACCGCAAAGAUAACAUGAUGGUUCACAAGAGAAGAUGCCAGUUGCAGCGGGCGGCAACUCGAGAGCCGUUGCAGCAGCAUUUGCCGGCCGGUGCAAAAGGCAGUCCGGAUAAUGACGCAAACAACUGGGGCAUCAUGUCACUGCCCUCCGUGCUACCCAGACGGGUGACAUGCGAGUGUGGGUUUGGAUUUACAUCUCCAAGACUCCUCCUGGAGCAUCUACAAAAGCACGCGCAGGAAUCUUACACGUGUCCGACGUGCGGAGAGACUGUUAAUUCCUGGGCUGACUACGAGGUUCACCUACAGAUUCACAUGCAUCCUCAUCACCAGCUGCGGAAGGGACUCCAAGCACAGCGAUCGCAACCACUGGUGCUUCGGAUCCAACAGCAGCCGCCUCAACAACCGCAGCAGCCCCAGCCGCCGCCGCCUCUGCCUGUACGUCAGCCUUCGCCAAAGGAACCAGUCCCUGAGCGCUCAAAUGUCAACAAAAAGCAGCGGGUGAUAUGCACACGAUGCGGAAAUACCUUUGCCACCCGCUGUUCCCUUCGAAGGCACUUGUCUUGGGACCGUUGCAAAGGUGGGCGCCCUCAAAAUACACCCAAAUCUUAUCGCUGCUCCCGCUGCAGCUCCGAAUUCCCCAACAUGGUCAGUCUUCUGUUUCACCAGAGGAGCGGGGCCUGCAAACCACCCAUCAAGCCCGUGCGCUGCCCAGUUUGUCUCCGUUGGUUUGGCACUGUGGACGGUUUGCAAAAGCACCUCUUGACUCACAAGCAGUCUGAAACCCAUCGCUGUGAUAUCUGUCAGUGUUCUUACCCAAGUCUGAAAUCUCUAAAAACCCAUCGCAAGAGGGUGCAUAAUGUCAUGUGCGCAGAACUCAUGACUUAGUAACAUUUUCCAUUCUUUCUUAUUUUUAUUCUCAUUUUAUCAGUGACAGAUGUGGGAUUACAAAAUGCCACUUUUGAUUUUUGUACCUGCUUUUAAUGAUGUAAAAGAAGUCUGAUGUAACACAAGAGGAAAAAUAAGAUAGUUUUGUAGCAGUUUGCUGCUGUGGAAUCAAGUGUAGUUUUGUCAAGUCCUGUUAUUUCAGUUUCAAGGUUGUAAAUAGUUGCAUUUACAGUUUUAUCCAAUAAUUGUUCUGUAGCUUGUUCUGGUGUUAUUAAAUAUUCCAAUUCA